CUAAAUUAAGUGUACAGUCACUCGACGGGUGAAAUAGGAAGGAGGCCUAGUUCCACAAGACGUCAUUUUGAAAGUUCACGUGGCAAAAAAAGUCAGACGUUCCGUGCGAGCUGCAGACGGCAGCAACUAUUAGACUGCUUAGCUUGUACUUCCUAAAUUAUUUUGUAAUCAUGCGCUGAGGAAAGAGAAAGCCGUGUAUCUAAUGGAAGAGUGGAAUAAGUUCGAUUUUUGAAUCUGGUGGAUCAUAGAAGUGGUAAAAGCUCUUCAGGAAAUGGUGAUCAUGGUUUAUCGUCUCAAUUCGGCUUUUUCUAAAGCAAAGUGAUGGGGAGUUCUGUGGCGCACCAGUACUUUCAGUCGCAGGCUGUGGUCUACAUUCAGUGAAGAAACCUUUUUCGGUAGGAAAACAACAGCAGCUUGCAAUGCCACUAGAUUAAUGGCCACUGCUCGUAUUUUUGUCGGCUUGUGUCUGUAUCAUUAUUGAAAUGAGGAAGAAUUUCUCACAGGAUGGUAAUUGAAUUUAAUCCUUGAGUUCAACCCAGUAAAAGAGGUGACUUUUAAAUAUUGCCAAACAAUGGUUUUUGUUUGAGAAGUUUGUGGGAAAAAAUUAGUGCUGCCUCGUCCCUUGGAAACUGCCGCCGAUCACCAUAGCAACUCUUGAUGCAGCUUUCCUUUGUUUUUGGAAUUCAUGAGGACAAGGAAUUGUAAAACGCAACUAAAGGGGCUUUCAACUGUUCAUCAGUUACAUCAGUGAUUCGUCUUGUGCUGAGCAGAUUUUGUGCUUUUAAAAAGGUUGGACCUCAAUGGAUAUGAAGGGCCUUUGUCGAAUAUGUUCCAACAAUCUGCAAGGUAAUCAACGUCGCUGGAUUUUCAACACCUGUAGGAAAAGAAGAUUACAAAUUGUUCUCUCCUAUAUAUUGGGUUACACUAUUCGGCGUGAUGGCCAAGGAGAGUUCUUGUGUAGUAAAUGUGCCUUCAUAUUGGAGAAGGUAAUCAAAUAUGAUAUUGUUAUUGCUCGUGUUAAGACUGUUUCCAGCGAGAGGCUACAGAUGUUGACAGCAGAGAAAGACCAGCUAAUUCAAUGUAUUGUGCACUUGUACUUCAGGUAUAAUGAAAGUUCCAAAAGUUUCUGUGAUAAGGAAGUAAGUCUCUCCCCUGAAAUUGAAAAUCAACCCUCUUUACAGUACAGCUUGCUUCUCCAGGAUGAAUCUAUUUUAUCUGAAUUUUGGAAGCCACAACCGAGCAGCAAGGAAAUCUUGGGCUGCUCAAACUGCUGGCGGUCUUUCACCAGAGGACACAAGAAGAGACUGUGCCUCUGUUCUGACUCGGUGAAGGUAGCUGAUUUAUUCUGUGACUUAGUGUGUUCCACCCCCAGAUGGGCCACGCAGGGAGGCCUAACAGGAAAUGCAGGCUCACGAAGCCAGUCACAGAGUUUGUGCUUUGAUUUAGUACCAAGAAGUCCGACUCCUGUGGGGAAGCUGGCCAAUCGCCUUUGCACCAGCAACCUUGAAACUGCAAGCACACCAUUAUUAAAUUCCACCAGGAUUGAUUUUAAUAUUGAAAAACCUGAAACAUUUCAGCUGAAAUCCACACUUAACCACAAAGGUUUGACUGAAGACUCUCCCUCGUUGAGACAUUACAUUGCAAAUGCAAUUCAGGAAAUUAAGUAUGUUGAGUACAAACCAGUGGCAAUUUUCCCAAAAAGCAAGAUACCAAGGCGUGUGGCAUUUUGUGCAAGGAGACCGUUGCAGAGAUACAGCUUUGCAGUAGAUUUGCAAGAAAGCGAUAAAUUUGACAGUGCAACGUCCGAGCAAGAAGUAUGGGCAGCGCAAGAACACGACUCUUCUUUCAAACCCGAGGUAGUUAAGUAUUGUUAGACGUGUGUAUUUGAACUAAAACUAACCUUGGUGUGUGUAUAAUAGAGGUUGGUAGAAUUUGGGGUACAUGGGGAGGAUGUA